GUGUAAAUCUUUUGGUUUCCUCUUUUUCAGAAAUUUAUUUUCCCUAAAGUUUUGUUUUCUUUGUAAAAACAUUGCAGAGUGCCCCCAAACCGAUUGAAACUCAAAAGUUUGCUCCUUUGAAUCGAUCUUCGUCUCUAGUGAGGAGGAUGCAGAAUCAGAAUGAUACGGUGAAGGAUGAUGCGGAGCUCGCUGCUUCCAUCUCGGCUGAACAAUGGGGAUGCUGUUCAGUGGAGGAACCAUCUUUUCAAGAUGAUGAAGCUGCUAAAGUUCCUUAUGUUGGUGAUAAGGAGCCUAUGUCUAGUUUAUCUUCAGAGUACCAAGCAGGGAGUCCCAUUUUGCUUGAGAAGAUAAAGGUACUGGACAGUCAAUAUGUUGCAAUCAGGCGAACAAGAGGAGAUGGAAACUGCUUCUUCCGAAGUUUUAUGUUCUCUUACCUUGAGCAUAUUUUGGAAUCACAAGAUGGUGCUGAAGUUGACCGUAUCAAGGUCAAUGUUGAAAAAUGUAGAAAGAAUCUGCAGAACUUAGGCUACACAGAUUUCACAUUUGAGGACUUCUUUGCGUUGUUCCUUGAGCAACUAGAUGACAUCCUCCAAGGAGGCGAAGAGUCUAUAAGCUAUGAUGAGCUGGUUAACAGAAGUAGAGAUCAGUCUGUUUCCGACUACAUUGUGAUGUUCUUCAGGUUUGUUACUGCUGGUGAAAUAAAAACGCGUGCUGAGUUCUUCGAGCCUUUUAUAACAGGAUUAUCUAAUACCACAGUGGAUCAGUUUUGCAAGACAUCAGUUGAACCGAUGGGGGAAGAGAGUGACCAUAUUCACAUAACAGCUUUGUCGGACGCGCUUGGUGUUGCAAUCCGGGUUGUGUAUCUUGACCGUAGCUCAUGUGAUACUGGAGGUGGUGUCACUGUGAACCAUCACGACUUUGUUCCCGUUGGCAGUGGCACUAAUGAGAAAGAAGAAGCUUCUUCUGCUGCUCCCUUUAUAACAUUGCUCUAUCGUCCAGGCCAUUACGAUAUCCUCUACCCCAAGGUAUUGGAGAAUGUGGAAAAAUGAUCAUUUAAUGAUUGCAAAACUGUGGUAAUAUGGAUUCUUUGAAUCAUGGUACACCAUCUCUUUGCUCCUUGAUUAUGAUCAAAACCCUUGCGACAUCAGAAAAUGGAUUUUUUUGUUUGUUUGUUUUACUAUAACAUUCGUGAUAGUCUCUCCUUUUGUGAAGUGUACUAAAAUGAAUCAGAAGUGUUUGCAAUAUAAACAAUGACAAGAGUCUAAGUUUGUUUUAAUGGCUUGA